AUGCGUCUCAUCCAAAUCCUCCCUCUUGCCCUCCUUGCUGGACCCUCCUCAGUUCUCGGGGAAUGUUACAAAUCAGGACCGCGAACAGGAUACGCCAACAAUAACGACGUCCUAGAUCUCGGCGUUGUGUGCGGCUUGCUUACAGGUCUCUACAACAAGGGCGAGUUCCGACGGAUUUGUGUGCAUGACAAGAAUGGCAUCAAGUGGGACAUUGAGCUGAAGUAUUUUGGCAGCGGUGCAACGCGUACCAUUCAUAGCCCUGAGUGCGUGAAUGGCCUCUCAAAGGAAGCAAAGUGCGCACAAGGGGGGCAUACGGCGUACGGUAAUUGGGAAUACACGUAA